GAGUGCUUUUUCCGGGCCUAGUAAAACGAUAACAUUGCUGAAGUCUGAAAGACGAAAACGAGAACGUGUUAGUCGAAAAGAAAAUAAUUAUUAAAAUCUCUCAGACGUUACAUUAACAAAUAUGUUGGAAGACAUCAGUAUCAGUGUCUGAAGACUGUUUAUGGCAUGUCCUUUGUUUACUAAACACACAGUAGCCAACUGAGCCCAGUGCUGAUUAGGUGUCCUCUGCACAUUGUAUGAGCAAGAUCAUUCACCAUGGAAACCGAAGCAGAGGUUAUUCCUAUUUGGCAGAACAAGCCUCAUGGGUCGACUCGCAGUGUGGUGAGGAGAAUAGGCUCUAUUGUACCCAUGAAACCACCGCCCAGGGCAUGUUUCCAGGAACUCCCAGGUCUCCCUCCUCUGCGGCCCAUGGAUGGCCCCACGGUGCCCACACUGGCAGACAUUGCCUGGAUCGCAGCAGAUGAGGAGUCUGAGACCUAUGCCAGAGUGCGGAGCGAUUCACGCCCUCUUAGACACGAGUGGCGACCCACGCCUCUCCUGGUUAUGCACAGGAACUCCUCUGUGCCCAACUUCCGCCGCGACGUCAAGAAGGUGGAGACGCUGAGGAAGCCUGCGGUGACGGCCAUGAACCGUACCACCUCCCUGCAGGAUGAGCUGAGCAGACUCCGCUCCCAGAUCGCCAAGAUCGUAGCCACAGAAUCUGGCUCCAACCCCUUGACCCCCGACCUCCUGUCCCCCGACGACACCAGCAUGAGCUUUUCCAUGGCGCCCUUCGAGACGGCGCCCUACCAGCCCGCCGCCUCAGCCUCCUUCGUCAUCAGUGACGUGACGGAAGAGGAAGAGGAGGAAGAUGAGGAGGAGGAUGUGGUGUCUGUGGUAUCGGAGCUUAUGCCGGACCCCAUGCCGCCCGCAAACAUGUCUGCCUCUAUGACGGCCUCGGCGACCUUUGACCUGGACCAUCCCAGCAUGGACUUCCGGGAGGCGGAGGAGGACACAGUGUCGCUGUCCAAGUCCACCAGCUUUGCUGACGUCAUGGACAUCCUGAAGGACAUGAACCGCAUGAAGAUGAGCAAGGACAGGUGCAACAGAGGCUGCUCCUCCCUGAUGGGCGAGUCGGACUCCGCCUCGCUGAUCUCCGAGGCCUUGAGGAAGAAGUUUACCCUGAAGGAUGAAGACAUCAGGGGGAUGAAGAAACACACCUAGAGCCCCCGUAGUCCUCAACCUCCCCACGUAGGCCUGUGCCUGACGACCCAGUCCCGUGGAGACCCGGCUGCACCUCAUCAACCGUAGCAACGGUUAAACCAGACGGAAAAACAAACCACCACCUCCCAGCAGGCCCAGUCAGUCUGAACCCAACCAAAUCUAAACCAUACCCUAGCUAUUAAAAAUAUUGCCUAGUCAGAUCAUGGUAGCAGCUGGCUGAUAGGCACUAUUAGAUGGGUGCUGUUUGACGUAGCACAGAGAAUUUUUGACCAACCUUAACUUGUCGAUUCUUCCUCAAUUCCAGACUUGGAAGACAACUAAUGUCUUCUAAAAGUCAAUGUCUAGUUUCAGGGGGUUUGAAUUUAGAAAAAUCUAUUUAGUCUGCCACCCAUUAAUAAUGAUUUAAAAGAAAAGUCAAAAGGUUUGACAGCCGUACCAUAUAAAAUGCAAGUCAGUUGGGAACAGGUUUUUGAUGUCCCAAUACCUUGGCAUCGAGUCUAUGAACUGACAUAUACAACAAUUAUUGACAUCAAUCUUCAUUUUAAUUUAACCUAUUAUAAAAUACUUACUACAAAAAGAAUGCUCAAUAUAUAUGGGACAUUGGACAGUCAGCCUUGUGCACCCUCUGCCACGAGGAAAUAGAAUCAAUAGAACAGUCAGCCUUGUGCACCCUCUGCCAUGAGGAAAUAGAAUCAAUAGAA